ACGGGUGCGUCUCAUGGCACCGCAUUGGCAUUGGGAUCGCGCACUGUCCGGACGCCCCGGCGCCAUGGCCAGCCUUGCCAGAGUGUGUUCGCUACUGCUUAUUGGCGUCGCCGUCGUCCUGCUCCUGCCCGGCACGUACGGGUGGCACGAGAGCAACUGCCCGCCGGGACAUGGCGGUGGUGGUGGUGGUGGUGAUCCUGGACACCACCACCCGCCCCACCACGGCAAGCCGCCCAAGCACCACCACGGCCCUCCGUCGGGCCACAAAUGCCCGCCGUGCCACCCGCCGCCGACGCCGCGUCCACCGCCGACUCCACCAUACGGCCCUCCUACGCCACUGCCACCGCCGUACGUGCCGCCCACGCCGAGCCCACCGCCCUACACCCCGCCGACGCCACCGUACAUUCCUCCAAGUCCGCCGUACGUGCCACCAACGCCACUUCCACCGCCAUACGUGCCACCAUACGUCCCGCCGACGCCGCCAUACACUCCGCCCUACGUCCCGCCAACUCCACCAUACACGCCGUCACCGCCCUACGUGCCACCGACACCGCCCUACGUGCCGCCGCCGUCGCCGGGGCCGGGGAGGAAGACGUGCCCGAUCGACGCGCUGAAGCUGAACGCGUGCGUGGACGUGCUGAGCGGGCUGGUGCACCUGGUGAUCGGGCGGGAGGCGCGGAGCAAGUGCUGCCCGCUGGUGCAGGGGGUGGCGGACCUGGACGCGGCGCUGUGCCUCUGCACCACCAUCCGGGCGCGGGUGCUCAACAUCAACAUCUACCUCCCCGUGGCGCUCCGGCUGCUCAUCACCUGCGGCAAGCACCCGCCCAACGGCUUCCAGUGCCCCACCGACCUCGACGCCUAGCCUGCGUGGCCGCUCGGCUCGCCAUAGCUUUACUAUACUAGUGUGUGGUGUGGUGUGGAUGCUACAGUACUUGCUUGCUCCAGUGCUGUGCGUCCCUGCGAUUUGUGUAUCUCGACCGGCCGAUUUUCUUCUUCCCUGUGGUGUGGAGUACGAGUGUAGCAACUCCGUGUGGUUUCCGACCAAGUGUUGUUGAAUAAUUAGAGUAAUUAACAUGUGCUAUUCACUGCCCCCUGUUUUUCA